ACCACCUUAUGGGGACAACGAUCUGUUUACACAGUCACAGCAUGGGGACCUCUGGCGGUAUGGGGACAAAAAAUCAGGUCCCCAUAAGGGAAACCAUUUUAAAUCAAUGUACUAGUUGUUCUGAAGGUGCUGGACUGAUUUUUGGCUUUGGCCCAUAGGGCAUGUAAACUGGUUAGUGUGAGUGUGUGAGCAGGGCUCAGUAGCCCCCCCUUUAGUUUGAAGCUGGAACUGCACUCACUGUGCUUCACACACACUUCUUCCAAAUAUGGUUUUUCCCGCCCACUUCCUGGUCCCCAUGAAGAAGGAUUUUAUCGACAAUGAUAUUUUGCAUGUUAGAGAUAGCAAUCAACAAGGUGGCCUAUUUAAGGGGGUUGUCAGCAAGAAGACAAGAAGAGGAGCUACCUAAACUACAAGGUAAGCUAAUUAUUUGGUUUAAUCAUUAUUUGUAUAACAUUUUAUAGAUAGCUUGACCCUCUAAUAACAUUAAUUACGUCCUAUCACUCAGCAUGCAAGCUUGUUAGCACUAAUUAGCUAGAGAGGCUAAUCUUACUAGCCAGUUAGCAAGUGUAGCAUCAAUGUUUUUUGCAGAAACUAACUAAAAAUUACAUGUAGGGUAUAUUGUUUGGAUUUCUCCAGGUAAAACGGGAUCCUUAUUCACAACUAUUGGAGAGUUUGUGGUAAAAUUGAUCAUGUUAAUGAUGGUUUUGCUUUCUUAUUCAUAAUAUAUUUGCUAUUAGGACAUUUUUACAUUAGACUUAUUGAUAGAAAACAAUCUAAAUAUCAAAAAAGGUAUUGCCAUUCUAGGCCUCCCUUGCAUACGUGUGUCCUGGUUCUUCUGAAUUAUUUCAAUUCCACAGCUGUAAAAUGAUUUAGAUAAUUUAAAUAAAAAUAUUUUUUGCAAUAAUGAUCAGACAUUGAAGGAGCAAGAGCGUGGGGGAAAAAGACAAAAGAUGCUUUUCAAAGUGGACAUGUAGAUAUUUUUAAGCCUGCGUUUCUUGAAUCUAUCAUGUUAAGCCUGCAGGGACACCACAGGCUUAACAUGAUAGAUUCAAGUUACGCAGGGGGGGCAUGUUAUUUUAAAUAAAAUGUCCCCCUUACUUGUUACUUGAAUCUAUCAUGUUAAAGUGUUUCUGAAGUGGCAACUUGAGAAUUAUUAGAAAUCUUGAAAGUUUGUUUUUUAAAGCAAUCAAGCAUAUUCGAGAUGCUGCCCAGGGUCAGUCCACGCAAGGAUGCCCUUAACCAUGUUUGCUCGAAGACUGACAAAACCAGCAAAUUAGAGGUCAAAUACAUCAAUGCAGUGAAAGGACGUGGUGUAUUUGCCUUAGCCUCAUUCUCCAAAGGAGAUUUUGUACUAGAGUACAGAGGGGACCUGAUUGAUGGUGCAGAAACCAACAGAAGACGAAGCAUUUACCACCCAGCAUGUUUGGCAUUUAUGUUCUCUUUCAAAUGGAGAAGGAAGAAAUGGUGUAUUGAUGCCUCAAGAGAUGAUGGAUCGUUUGGACGGCUUGUCAACGAUGAGCACAGUCAUCCAAAUUGUAGGAUGAAAAAACUUAAUUUCAAUAGGAAACCCCACUUAUGUUUGUUUGCCCUUCAUGACAUACAACAAGGAGAAGAGAUAACAUAUGAUUAUGGAGGUGAUGACUGCCCAUGGAGGAUGAAGAACACCCUGCAUGGAGCUGGUGUCCGUCCUGCAGAAACCUGCUCCUCUACUUGGCCUUUAGAGACACAGUUUGAAGAGGCUCCAGGUCCACAUUACCCUGAUCCACAGACCACCCUGCAUGGAGCUGGUGUCUGUCCUGCAGAAGCCUGCUCCUCUACUUGGCCUUUAGAGACACAGUUUGAAGAGGCUCCAGGUCCACAUUACCCUGAUCCACAGACCACCCUGCAUGGAGCUGGUGUCCGUCCUGCAGAAGCCUGCUCCUCUGCUUGGCCUUUAGAGACACAGUUUGAGGAAGCUCCAGGUCCACAUUACCCUGAUCCACAGACCACCCUGUAUGGAGCUGGUGUCCGUCCUGCAGAAGCCUGCUCCUCUGCUUGGCCUUCAGAGACACAGUUUGAGGAAGCUCCAGGUCCACAUUACCCUGAUCCACAGACCACCCUGCAUGGAGCUGGUGUCCGUCCUGCAGAAGCCUACUCCUCUGCUUGGCCUUUAGAGACACAGUUUGAGGAAGCUCCAGGUCCACAUACCCCUGAUCCACAGACCACCCUGCAUGGAGCUGGUGUCCGUCCUGCAGAAGCCUGCUCCUCUGCUUGGCCUUUAGAGACACAGUUUGAGGAAGCUCCAGGUCCACAUUACCCUGAUCCACAGACCACCCUGCAUGGAGCUGGUGUCCGUCCUGCAGAAGCCUGCUCCUCUGCUUGGCCUUUAGAGACACAGUAUGAGGAAGCUCCAGGUCCACAUACCCCUGAUCCACAGAACCAUCAGCAGAGAACACUCUUCCACGCACUGAGGGGAAUGCAUUACCACCAACACUUAGUGAUCCAGACCACUCUCAGAGGAAGAAGAGGUAUCUUUUGGUGUCAGUACAGUGAGACCUUCUUCUAAAAGGUAAAGCAGCACAGAAAAGAAGACCCUGGCAGCAGCACAUGAAUCGGUUCGUUUAAAGGCUGAACCAGGAGUUCUCAAGAACCGUGACUGGCAGACCUUAAAGUUUUAUGUCUAUAACAGCAAAGCUGGUACUCCAGCCAUGUUAUAUGUUUGUUGAAUGCAAUUUCUAUGUUUACUUGUUAAUUUACAAAGCAGUUUCUGAAGUGCUUGUAUGGUUUAUACCUCAGUCUGCUGAUGAAUGUCAAAUUUGAGACUAGCUGGGUUAGCUGGGUUAAUUCUAAAGUUCAUUCAUGCUUUUAAACUUUGACUUUGAUGUCCUGAUUUAUUUUGUAUAAAUACUCCUUAUAUUAGACCUUAUAAUGUCUGCUUUAGCAUUAUCAAUUCUUAUUAAAAACUCUUCUAUAUUACCAAAAAACAAUGCCAACUAGCAACUUUUCCAAUGAAAAGGGUUGAGAACCAUUUUGUUUCAGCUAGAUACUAGUAAAUGUGACAGCAGUGGAUGUAUAUGCUUUAACAUUUUUGUAGUGAAACCUCUAAUACUCUGAGAACAGGUGUGUUUUAAUAAUUGGAGGAUUAUUUCAUUAUGUCCCCAUAAACCACAUAGUAAUGUGUGAGUUAUGCAAAUCAUAUUUAAA